AUGAAGGUUGUCAUGAGUGCUACCAUUCGGCAUUCGCAGGUCCGAGUGCAGAUUAAUGUAACUCUAAGAACUGGUCAAGAAAACUUUGUCAUACAGCAUCCCAAUAGCAAGCAUAUUUGUAAAGCACAAAGCUCCAAUACAUCUCGACCAUUAUCUCGUCUCAUUAACGUUGACACUAGCAACCUCGCGCGCCAGGACGAUUCACCCCCUCCUCGUGUUCUAACCAACCUGACUACCGCUGCGAAAAUGCGUGUCCUUUGUUUGCAUGGCGGAGGUAUAAACUCUCGAAUCUUCAAAACCCAAACAGCUGAAAUCCGCUACGAAUUGGGUGAUGACAUUACCUACGACUUCGUUGAGGGUACCAUUCCCAGUGAGAUGUAUCCCGGAGUCGAGAUCAUCGCCGCAGCUAGUGAGCAAACGUUCGCCUAUGUUGACGACAAAGACCCUUCUACCUGGCUAUCCAUUCACCAGAGCUUAAGCCAACACCUCCAGACGGACGGUCCUUACGAUGGGGUGAUAGCAUUCAGUCAAGCAGCCACGUUGAUAUUAUCUUAUAUAAUCCACAUCACAAAAGAGCGCAAUUCUGGGAAGCCCGUCCACGUUCCUUUUCGGUUUGCUGUAUUUUUCUCCAUCGUGUUGCCUCCCGUGGAUUAUACCACUCUACAGGAAAAACGGGUUGUAGAGAUGGAGGCUGACGCUGCGAGGGACCUGGUGGAUAUUCCCACAGCGCACAUCUGGGGGGUGAAAGAUCCAGGGGCAAAGGGCGCGGAAGAGGCCAGUAGAUUCUGUAGUCCCAACACUCGGUGGGUUUAUGUCCAUGGAGGGGGCCAUGAGAUCCCAGGAUCUGGAACCAAAAAAGCAGUAGUUCGGACGACCCAUAUGAUACGCAGGGCGAUUGAAAGCUGUGGGUCCUGA